GUAUUUGAUGCUUGACGACUAGGGCUUCCAAUUUUCCCUAUAUAUAUCUACACCUCUUUCUCUUCAUCACAUCACUUGUUUCCUCAACAAAUCAUACGAAGGCAAAUUCUCGACGGAAUUUCUUGUUUCCCUUCCCUUUUCUCGUCUGAUUAAGGACAUUUGCUGGUACACCUGAGGUAUCUGCAGUCAGCAAAGGUGGAGAGCGUCAAGCUAGAAAUUUCUUUUAUGUCUGAACGAGCCUCUCUCUUUUUAUCAUCAAUUGGGUUGCUCGGAGAGUAUUGUCCUUCAUCAAGAAAAAAGGAUAGACAGUCUAGUCUUGAAAUUGGCUGCAUGCAUCUCAAGCCACUCCGAGGAUACAACACACUUUGUCAACGUUGCCAGUUUAUGCGGCCCGUCUCUGCAGCUAGGAACUUUUACCUUAUCAAAGAAGAAUCUUUUAUUGAAGAUAACUUGCUUCCCUUCUGGUAGUUGUUAUACAGCGUUACCUACACGAGGUAAAAAUGGCUUUGCAGAAUAUUGGUGCCGGCAACAAGGACGAUGCCUUCUACCGGUAUAAGAUGCCCAGGAUGAUAACAAAAAUAGAGGGUCGUGGGAAUGGUAUCAAAACCAAUGUAGUCAAUAUGGUUGACAUCGCAAAGGCUUUGGGCAGGCCUGCUUCUUACACAACUAAGUAUUUUGGAUGUGAACUGGGAGCUCAAUCCAAGUUUGAUGAGAAGACUGGAACUUCCCAUGUCAAUGGGGCCCAUGAUACUGCAAAGCUUGCUGGGCUUCUAGAAAACUUUAUCAAGAAAUUUGUCCAGUGCUAUGGUUGUGGGAACCCUGAAACUGAAAUUAUCAUUACAAAAUCGCAGAUGAUCAAUCUCAAGUGUGCUGCUUGUGGUUUCAUCUCAGAGGUUGACAUGAGGGACAAGCUCACAACAUUCAUUCUGAAAAACCCUCCUGAAGCAAAGAAAGGAUCAAAAGACAAGAAAGCAAUGAGGCGGGCUGAGAAGGAGCGACUCAAGGAAGGUGAGGCAGCUGAUGAAGAAAUGAAGAAACUUAAGAAAGAUGCAAAGAAAAAAGGUUCAUCUGGCAAUUUAAAGGAGGUAGCCUUGAAACAAUCUAGCAAGAAGAAGUCUGUCCACUCUGAUGAGGAUCAUUCUCCAGCGUUCAGCCAGGCAGAUGAGAAGGAAGCUGCCGAUGACGACAGUGAUGAUGACAUCCAGUGGCAGACGGACACUUCUGUGUCAGCUGCGCAACAAAGAAUUCAAGAGCAGCUGAAUGCUGUUACAGCUAGCAUGGUUAUGCUCUCAACCAAUGAAGAGAAGCCAAAAUCAGGAAAGAACUCUCCAGCAAGGGCUGGCAAACAUAAAGUUAAUGGACAUGCAAAUGGUGUUGAUUCUGGUAAUCCACAUCAGGAACUUGUUGAUGAAAUCAAGAAGAUUGUCAAGAAGGGUUCUUCUGCAGGGCAAUUCAAGUCCUCCUUGCAGACUCUUACUGGCACUCGCAAAGAGAUCUUUGAUGCCUUGUUUGAAGCCUUGUUUGAAGGAGUUGGAAAAGGGUUUUCUAAAGAGGUUGUGAAAAAGAAGAACUACCUUGUAGCUGUAGUUCAGGAGGAGGGGUCACAGGCAUCGCUGCUUCAUGCCAUAGAAUCCUUCUGUGGGAAAGCAAGCCCCGAUGCUUUAAAAGAAGUUGCUUUGGUUUUGAAAGAGCUAUAUGACAUCGAUGUGUUGGAAGAAGAGUUUAUAGUGGAGUGGUACCAGAAGGGCGUAAAUGGUGACAAUAAGGGCUCUUCUAUUUGGAAGAAUGUCAAGCCUUUUGUGGAGUGGCUGCAGAGUGCUGAAUCCGAAACUGAAGACGAGUAGUUGAGCUGCCUCGUUGCAAUGUUUCCCCUGCUAUUUGAUAUUUAAGCUUUUCAAUGCUGGUACGCGUUUUUUACAAUAACUGCUAUGGGCUUGUUAUUGUGCUAAUAAAACGCCAUUGAUAGGUCGUUUAGGUUUGUCCUACCCUGCUGUCGUAAUUCAAGGCUUUUUUCUAGAACUGUUGGUCCCUUGAAAUAACGAGGAGACAUGUGUUAAGCAUAUAGUUAGAGCUGUCUGGUGCUAUUUGGUCAUUAUCGUGGGUUUAUGUUUUCCAGUUUGGUUUUUGCUUUUAAGGUGUGAUUGAUUCAUCGGAUAUCUUUGAGAAAGGCAUUGGUGCCUUUUUAUUACAAUUUCAUACAUUCUUUUCUUUUUCUGCUA